AUGGCACCAGACAUGAAGUUCCCAUUUGCUGAUGCACCUAGUAUAGUUCAGGCGCAUCAAAAGGAUGAUACUGUGGAAAACUUGCUGUUACAAAAGAUCCAGGAUGUACUACGGAAAGUUAAGGGACAACAGUUCACUAACAGGUAUGUUAGUGAGAUAAUGAUCCUCAGCAAGUUGAUAUACUUGUCAAUUACAACACUAAGGUAUAGGAGAACGCUUGGAGAAGAGUACGUUGAUUUGGCGUAUGUUGAUAGGCGAGGAAAAGGUGUUGCGAGACUCCUGCGAAGGAUUGGUUUCGCUAUCAGUUAUUGUGGGGUACCGUGGAUAUUAUCGAAAGUAUUCUACAAGUAUAAGCUCAAUGAGAGGGGAUCUGGUUUCUUGAAAGUAUUCAAUGGCAAGAGUUUCAGGGACAUCUUGGAUUCCACUUUGAAUUUGCACUUAAUUAUAUUCUACUUGAGCGGACAGUAUUAUGAUAUCUCAAAGAGAAUAUUUGGAAUGAGAUAUGUGGUUGGCCAUGAAAUGAACAAGAAUGAGGUAGAAUUCAAGAAGAAGUCAUCGCAAAACUACAAGAUUCUUGGUUUUAUACUUGGUAUGCAAUUAGCUUCUAAGCUUUUACCGCAGAUUGCAGAAUACAUCGCUGACAGAAUUGGAACAGAUGAUGGGAAGAGCCACAAGAGUUUAAGUGCAUUAGCUAAAAAACACACCUCAAAAGAUCUUAGCGAUCUAGAAGUCCUACCUUUCAUCAAAGAGGAUUCACGUAAGUGUGUUUUAUGUCUUAACUAUAUGCUGGAUCCCAGCGCGACUCCGUGUGGUCACCUUUUCUGCUGGGAUUGUAUCAUGGAAUGGACGUUAGAAAGACAGGAGUGUCCAUUAUGCAGGCAAAGGUGUCCGAGACAGCUGACGAUACCUGUUAGAUAA